AGGCUAUCCCUGUCCAGAUAGGGGCGUAGCUGGACCACCAGGCAAAGCUGAUGGAAGCACUGUGUACCGCUGAGGCCUCCGGAGCAUCAAGCAACAGUAAAGGAUCCAGAUCCAAGCUAUGUACAUAUCAUCACAAGGUCUAGAACCUUAAAAAGAGACAGAGGCAUGAUUAGAAGAAAUGCCAAACAAUUUAGAGCUUUGGCGGGCACACGUGCUGCCCGCGAGUAAUUUUUUGUUGUUGCCGCAGACGCCCUUAGGUUGGUCUGGUUGCUAUGAGUCUGCCUCUCAAUCCAAAGCCCUUCCUAAACGGGCUGACUGGGAAGCCAGUGAUGGUGAAGCUGAAGUGGGGGAUGGAAUACAAAGGCUACCUCGUCUCCGUCGAUGGCUACAUGAACAUGCAGCUUGCAAAUACAGAAGAAUAUAUUGAUGGUGCAUUAUCUGGACACCUUGGUGAAGUUCUGAUAAGGUGCAAUAGUUUCCUUUAUAUAAGGGGUGUGGAAGAAGAAGAAGAAGGAGAAAUGAGAGAAUAACUAUUUGGGGGGGGGGAGAA